AUGCGCAGCCAACUCCAUAUCCCCUGCCUCCUGCCCCGCUGCGCUCUCUCACUUCGCCCCAUCUUCCCUGAUCCCUACUCUCUCUCUGCCCUUCUGCACCAUUGCUCCUCCCCCGCUCUUCCCCGCUACGGCCAGCAAGCCCAUGCCAUCGCCCUCACCUCCUUCCUCGCCGCUCACCCCCUCGUCGCCGCCCGCCUCAUCGGCAUGUACUCCGCUUGCUGCAUGCCCAAAGCCGCCUCCCUCGUCUUCAAUACCGCCCCGAACUCAGCCCUCUCCAAUCGCGUCCUCUGGACCACACUCAUCGCCGGCCUUGUCCGCAACGGCGAUCACCGCGCCGCUAUGGAGAAGUUCCGCACCAUGCAGGUCAUGGGCGUCCCGCCCAACAACUUCACCCUCCCCACGGUGCUCUCAGCCUGCGCCUCAGAGAGAGCCCUCCGCUUCGGCUGUCAGGUCCACGGCUGUGCGCUUCGAACUGGUUUCGGUGCCAGCCCCUUCGUACAGAGCUCGCUUGUCGGCCUCUACUCCAACUGCUCCGAUCUCGCCAGCGCCGACCGGGUUCUCCAGACGUCGGACUCUGACGACCCGGUCCCGUGGAAUACCCUUAUCGUGAACUGUACGCGAUCGGCGCGGCACGAACACGCCCUCUCCCUCUUUGUGCAAAUGCACCUUCGAGGCCUCGCGCUGGACGAGUUCACGUUCCCCUCCGCUCUCAACUCCGCCGCCUUCUCGGGUGACUCAGGAAUCGGAAGAUGCAUCCAUUGUAUGGUUCUCCGGAGCGGCUUCGACUCUCACAGGCACGUUGCCAACGCCUUGGUGGACAUGUACGUUAAGAUGAGAGAUUUCACUCACGCCCGCGGGGUGUUCGACCAAAUGCCGGAGAGGGAUGUUGUGACAUGGACCUCCCUCCUCGUUGGACAUGCGCGUCAGGGUUCCCACGAGGUCGCCCUUCAACUCUACUCCGACAUGCUUGCCCGUGGAGUUGAACCGGACGAGUUUGCCGUGGCAGGGGUGCUGAGUUCCUGUGCCAGUUCGACCGCGCUAGAGCUCGGCCGUCAGGUGCACGCUGCCAUCGUCCACCGCGGCCUCGAUGCUUUUGUCUCGGUUUCCAACGCGCUGAUCACCUUGUACGCCCGUAGUGGGUCCAUCGACGAAGCCCGCGCUGUGUUCGAGAAGUCGCUCUGCCGCCGAGACGCGGUCACGUGGACGGCUCUCAUCAUGGGCUACGCCCAAAACGGGCGGGGUGGGGAUUCCCUCCGCCUCUACGACGCAAUGCUCGGGGCAGGAGCUCGUCCGGACUAUGUGACCUUCAUCGGCCUGAUCUUUGCGUGCAGCCACGCUGGUCUCGUCGAAUCAGGGCGAGUCCACUUCGAGUCGAUGGAGAAAGUCUACGGCAUAACCCCCGGACCGGAGCACUACUCGUGCAUGGUGGAUCUGCUGGGCCGGUCUGGUCGUGUGGAGGAGGCGGUCGAGCUGCUGGGUCGGAUGGACGGCGAGCCAGACGCGACCGUGUGGAAGUCGCUGUUGGCUGCUUGCCGGGUGCAUCGGAACAUACCGCUGGCUGAGCGCGCGGCGGAACGCCUUUUUAAGCUGGCGCCGGAGGACGCAGUGCCGUACGUGAUGCUGGCAAAUGUAUACACUGCGGCAGGACGGUGGUUGGACGUAGCACGUGUGAGGUCGCUGAUGAGGGCGCGCGGGGUGAGCAAGGAGCCCGGGUGGAGCUGGAUGGAGGAGGGCGGAGCGGUGCACGCAUUCAAGGCAGGGGACAGGGACCACGCACAGGCGAAGGAGAUCUUUGCCAAGGUGAGGGAGAUGAUGCAGAGGAUCAAGGAGGAGGGUUACGCGGCCGACACAGGGUUUGCUUUGCACGACGAGGAGGAGGAGGGGAAGGCAGAGGAACUGGCGGUGCACAGCGAGAGGCUGGCCGUGGCCUUUGGACUCAUCAACUCCGCUUCCCAUGGUAAGCCUAUAAGGGUGUACAAGAAUCUGCGUGUUUGCGGUGACUGCCACACCGCGCUCAAACUAAUCGCUAAGGUGUAUGACAAGGUAAUCAUUCUGAGAGAUGCCAAUUGCUUCCAUCACAUGAGGGAUGGGAUCUGUUCUUGUGGUGAUCAUUGGUGAUUCCUCUCUCCCUGAGCUUGGGAAUGAGCUUUCUUGACUCUAAUCUCUAGUGAAAGAUGAUCGAUGCUAGUGAAGCUAAAAUGAUGCUAUGUCAAUAUGCUGAAAUCAUCCAAGCCGCAUGCUUCCUCAAGUCCCAGGAAUGACACUCUGGGGCUAUGUUCUUAUCAUUCAUUUAUUCGUAGCUUAAUUUAGUCUACGAGACAUGGUUGAAUUGGUUAGUGCAGGAUAGAAGCUCUAUUCUUUAUCAUUCAUUCAUUUAUAGCUUAAUUUAGUGCCUGAGUCAGGCUUGAAUUGGUUAUUGCCGGAUUAAAUUUAUUAUAAUAGAAAGGGGUUGAUUCUCUCCAAAGAUGAAUGAAUAAUCCUAUUUUUUGAGGUCAAUUAUAGUUUUUCGAUUUAUUUCCUUACAUAUAAUUGUGGGGUCGAUCGUGUAGAAUCGUUGGGACGAUAGAUUUCACUUUUUAUUACAAUUUAUAGCUUAAUCUGCCAAGUGUACUUAUCAUAUUCGGAAUCUGAGUCAGAUGAAGGUCAGAUGAGUUGUCGCUGGUGUUGACGGAGAGGCGAUUGGGACACAAUUCUCGUAUGUGCCCACAAAAAUAGGCUCCCAUGUGGUGCUGAUGAGCGACGAUGACUGAGCUGGCGGUACUUGAGCUCUGUGUACAUUCAUACAAGCACACGGGAAAAAGUCCCCAGAGCAGGUCCUCCGACGCUCAAGUCAGGUACUUUUUCUCCAGAAGAACAGUGUACGAUGGAGAAAGAAAAGUAGAAGGCAAGUGCGAAUGUGCGAUUGAGUGUACCUGCGCAAGGGAGAGGACCUCCCUUUUUAUAUGAUAGUGCGUACCUCUGGAGCCUGACUGAUGUCAGAGAAUGUCGGGUGUCAGGACCUGUCUGGUGAUAGAGGACGCGUGACAUCCUUUUGUGUGCUGGAAGAAUGUUCUAUUCGCAGAUGACCGCAGACUGUUGGAAUAUUCCCUGACAUUCAGCAGUUAUUCUCUGACAAACGGUUACGAUUCUCUGACCCUGUAAUCGUGUAGCACCCUUUGUCCCGACCGAGUAUGACCAGGGCAGCUUGGGAUGAUCUGUCGGGUAUAACACCUAGCCUAAUACGUAGAUCGUGUCCGGAAAAUCCCACAUUGAGACGCUCGUCCCGAA